AGGCAUGUUUCUGACUCGAGUACUGUUUGGAAAGAGAAUUCCUGGAAAACAAUGGAUUGGUAAAAACAGACGGCCAAGAUUCGUUACUCAUUUAAUGAAGGCAAAUAUGAUUAAGAGACUUGAAAUUGAAGCUGAAAAUAUAUAUUGGCUAAGUUGUCCAUAUAUGACAAAAGAGCAGGAGUAUCGCCACGAUGAAGAAAAUGUACUUAUGUUAAAGCAGCAAAGAAUAGCUGAAGAGAGAGCAAAGUUUCUUGAACACAAGUAUGUUGCAGAAAAUCUGAAACACCUUAAUGUGACCAAGAGAUGGGCAGGUUCCUGAUCUGUGUCCUUUGCCUUUCUAAUGGGUUUUAUGGAUUCAGUGGACUUGCUUUUAGUGGCAAUGAAAGUCAUAAAAUAAAUAUAUUCUUGUUUUCAACCA